AUGCAGUUCUCCAUCGCUAUCAUUGCUCUCUUCGGCGCUGCCGUCUCUGCUCUCCCCACUGAGGAGAAGCGCCAGGCCUACAUCCCUUGCUCUGGUCUUUACGGCACCUCUCAGUGCUGUGCUACCGAUGUCCUCGGAAUUGCUGACCUGGACUGCGGAAACCCCCCUACUGCCCCUACCGAUGCCACUGAUUUCAGUGCCGUCUGCACCGCCAUUGGCCAGCGAGCUCGCUGCUGUGUUCUCCCUAUUCUUGACCAGGGCAUCCUUUGCAACACCCCUACUGGUGUCCAGGACUAA